GGUCAAUCACGUGCAAAAACACAGGCCACGCACUUCCGCUUAGAGACAGUUUGAAAGCUUUCGUUUUGCGGGAGUAGCAGCUUGGUAAUAUAAGUCUCAGGUAAUAGCUUUCUCUUCGUCCCUUCUCACUUCCGAUGUUGUUCUUGGCUCUGAUGGACGUAUUAUAAGAUACAUAACGCUACAUUCUGAACUGGAUGUCUACACUCUUUCCAUCUUUGUUCCCUCGCAUGACAGACUCUUUGUGGUUUAACCUGGACCGACCAUGUGUGGAUGAAACUGAACUUCAGCAGCAAGAGCAGCAGCACCAAACCUGGCUACAAAGUAUCGCGGAAAAGGAUAACAACUUGAUGCCCAUUGGGAAACCAGUCUUUGAGACAUUUGAGGAGGAGGAGGAGGAGGAUGAUGAAGAUGAAGAAGACAGUGAGGAAGACUCAGAGGAUGAUGAAGACAUGCAGGACAUGGAUGAGAUGAAUGACUACAAUGAGUCUCCAGAUGAUGGGGAGAUCAAUGAGGUUGAUAUGGAAGGGGCUGACCAGGAUCAGGACCAGUGGAUGAUAUAGAGUAGUUCUGUCAUUCUCUCAAGUCAGAUUGGGCAGUUAUUGAUUUUUAAGCUGUGAGAGCCAAUUCAUUCACUUGAAUGUUUUCAAUGGCCUUUGCUAGGAUACUGUGCUUCUCCACUGUCCAAAGUACAUGUUUACCAGGUAACAAUCCACCAAGUGGGAUACAAGACUGCUGCACUUAUCUCUGGUCUCUGUAUCGACAGCAUUAAAGACAGAUUAUUAUGCACUGAGGUUAUGGCUGCAACAGCAGGCUGAAAAAUUAACUCUGUUCUAUUAAUGUUAUACCACUCGUUGGUGUUGUGAUUUAAGAUGUACUUUGAACCAGGUCGUACCUUUUUCAAGAAAAUCCGGAUGUCCUUGUGCCCUCUUGAGGAAAAUGUUGUACUAUUUGUGACGAGCGAAAGUCAGCUGAUAUACCAGCCACAUCACACUUGUAUCAUAUAAGAACUGGGCACCUUGGUGCUGUGUAAAUAUCAAUUUGUUCGAAUCAAGAACAGAAGAAAAUUAACUUUUUAUUAAAUAUGAUAGUAUCAAAGCAAAAUGUAAUUAAUUCAGUUGUCUUUUAAUGACAGUUUAAAGUAUUUAUCCAUCACACUGAGAAUAUUUAACAUCUUUUAGUCUUACAGUGCCCUAUAAACAUUAAUAAAGGAAUCUGUAAAAUUUUCUUUUCUA